AUGGAACAUCACUUGCGUGACGGCCGCAGUUCUUCCCGCACGGAGGAUCUGGGAGGUCUACUGGGCCUCGGAGCGUCAGCCCUGAGUGCUCUCGGGAUCUGGGCUGGGCCAGAACCCGGGACCACGCGGUGGGUGCGCGCCGCGCCCACGCUGCUCGUGGUAGCGAUGUUCGGCGCCACAGCCUUCAUGAAGCUGUGUCUGGAGCAGGUAGACGACCUGGAGGAGCUCGGAGAGCGGAUCUUCGUCUGCACCACCAUCGUAGUCACUGGCGUCAGGCGGUUGGCAAACCUGCUGCUAGAAGCCCGUCGGGGCUUCCCCGAGCAGGGAGCGUUCGUCCGCAGCCGCUUCCAGAGACACGCCACCAGGGUCUGCGUCGGAUUUCAGGUGACGGCGGCGCUGCCGCUGGCGAUGUGGGUGCUGGACCCGGUGUUGACAGCGGCUCUGACGUCACCGCUCGGGCAGAACGCCUCGGCGGUGGCGGACGCCCGUAAGACGCCGCUGUCCCUCUGGUUGCCGGUGGACGCCCAGGCGUCCCCCAACUACGAGGCCAUCUACGCCUUCCAGGCGUUCCUCAUCGUCUUCACGGCGCAGGCCAGCCUCUUCCUGGACAUGUUCUUCAUCGUGCUCAUCAUCCACAUCACGGCCGAGCUCAACGUGCUCAACGACAGCGUUGCAGCCAUCCAGCCUUAUGCUCAAUGA